AUGGGGGUUUGUUCGUUGAUUUUGUACACCUCCGCUUUCGGUGUCUCCACUCGUGAUAACGGCCUUGAAAAAGGUCAGCUUCGGACUUCCUGGCAAGAGGGACCUGAAGGAGUAAAUGUCAAUAUGAGAGAUUUUCAAGAUGCUCAAGAUUCCGAGGAGCACCAGUCAUGGAUGCAAAUCGUCUUGCAGAAACGCGCAAUUCGAGAUAAGCUUUUGGCUCCGUAUAUGGUCAAUGAUGUGGAGAGUCGAGUGCCGCGGGUGCAUCAGGUCGACAAGCGCAGUCACUUGAAUCAAGAACCUGACGUGCAGAUGAUCACGGAUAUUGACAGUGUUGCAGUCCUGUUGCAAGGUAUUCAGAGAGGCGAUAUAGCCGCUGAACAGGUCGUCAGGGCAUAUAUCAAACGGGCUGCGGUAGCACAUCAGCUGACGAAUUGUCUCACUGAAGUGCUCUUCGAGGACGCAUUGCAGCAAGCACGACAGCUCGAUGAAGACUUCAAUGUCACAUGGAAGAUCAAAGGCCCACUGCAUGGAAUUCCAAUCACUCUCAAAGAUCAGUUCAAUGUUGAGGGUGUCGAUACGACUCUAGGAUAUGUGGGUAGAUCAUUUGUUCCAGCCCGCGAAAAUGCAGUUCUCGUGCAGAUGUUGAAGUAUAUGGGCGCCAUCAUUAUUGCAAAAACAAACCUAUGUCAAAGUAUUAUGUGGUCGGAAACCGAGAAUCCACUUUGGGGGUUGACCACAAACCCCAGAAACCCUGAUUUCACUCCAGGUGGUUCCACUGGAGGUGAGGCUGCAUUGUUGGCUUUGCAUGGCUCUAUCCUCGGAUUUGGGACAGAUAUUGGUGGGAGUGUUCGCAUGCCGCAGAGCGUCGUUGGUUUAUACGGUCUCAAGCCAAGUAGUGCUCGAUUCCCUUACGAAGGAGUUCCAGUAUCCACUGAGGGUCAAGAGCAUAUCCCAUCAUCCGUUGGACCAAUGGCCCGGGAUCUCGAUUCAAUCUGUUAUAUAACCCAUCUCGUGGCAAAUUGUCGACCUUGGGACUUUGACCCUAGAUGUGCGCCUCUACCCUGGAACGAAGGCUCAUUCCUGGAAAUUCAGAAUAGGCCAAUAGUAAUUGGGCUUAUUGUCGACGAUGGUGUUGUGAAGGUCCAUCCUCCCAUCGCUCGAGCCCUGAAGGAGUUAUCGGCAGCACUCAUAGCCCAAGGUCACGAGGUAAUCAGUUGGGAUACAUCUGAUCAUGCGACCUGUAUAAGUAUCAUGGAUCUGUACUAUACGGCCGAUGGGGGUGAAGACAUUUGUCGCGAUGUGAAAGUUGCAGGUGAACCGUUUAUCCCCCAUGUGGAAGCUCUCGUCAAUCGUGGCAAGCCCAUAUCAGUAUAUGAGUACUGGCAGCUAAACAAACGUAAAUUUGCCACACAGAAGAAAUACUUAGACAAAUGGAAUACUGCUCGAUCCCCAUCAGGUAAGCCUGUGGAUAUCCUCCUGAGUCCAGCAAUACCACAUACGAGCGUCCCACACCGCAAGUUCCGUUGGGUGGGAUAUACGAAGAUUUGGAAUUUUCUAGACUACCCAGCACUGACAAUGCCCAUUGAUCGCGUGAGGGCUGAUUUGGAUCAGCUUCCUGGAGAUCCAUAUGUUCCCAGGAAUGCGUUGGACGAGUGGAAUUGGAACCUAUAUGAACCGAACCAAGUAGAUGGAUAUCCUGUCAAUCUGCAGAUUAUCGGCAAGAAACUUCAAGAGGAGAAAGUGCUUGGUGCUGCUACAGUCAUCGAGAGGAUUUGGAAGGGUCAAUUCCAAGAGUGA